AUGGCAAACACAAUCUGUACUCAAAAGUCUACUUGCUUAGCCAUAGAGACAUUAUGCCAAACUUCAAAGGUCGAUCACUUUAUUCAUCAUCAUAGAUUCAACUUCAAAAUCAAAUAUAAUCGCUUCUCUGUUCCAGAGCAGAACCUAGACUCAAGGUUCCAUAAAAAUGCCACAAGAAAGAUGAACAUCGCGGUCCACGCCAGCGUACCACCAGGAGACCCACUUCCUGUUGAUCCUGCUUCUCCUGGUCAUUGGAAAGUGUGGAUUAUUGGCACGAUAAUCACGAUACUUAUGUCCUUUACGAGGGGCAAAUGGGGUCCUUUGCUACAACUGAAAGAGAAAAUUCAAACAACAAUAGACGAAGCAGAACAGGUAGCAGACAUUGUAGAAGAAGUGGCUGAGGAGGUGGAGAAGGUUGCAGAAGGGGUUGUCAAGCAUCUUCCCGAAGGAAAACUUCAUGAUGCUGUUGAAUCAGUUGAAAAAGUGGCUGAAGAUAUAGACAAGCAUGCCCAAAAUGCAGAAGAUGUGUUAGAAAAGGUAGAAAAUGUGGAAAAGGAAGUGGAGUCCUUCAUUGAAUCAACCGCUCGUAGAGAAAAAAAUACUGCCUUUACUACAGAUUCAAAAGAUCAAAAGUAG